AUGUGGUCGAUUUUAGCAGUGGCAAGUUUGAUCUCUGCAUUUGGAACUACGCAUGGUUUCUUAGGAAAAGUAGCACCUGAGAGCCCUGAAGCCCACAUGAAUAUUAAUCAAAUGAUUUCCUACUGGGGAUACCCAAGUGAAGAAUAUGAAGUUGUGACUGAAGACGGUUAUAUCCUUGGGGUCUUCAGAAUUCCUUAUGGAAAGAAAAACUCAGAGAACAAAGGCCACAGACCUGUGGUGUUUCUGCAGCAUGGUUUGCUUGCAUCAGCCACAAACUGGAUUGCAAACCUGCCCAACAACAGCCUGGCCUUCAUUCUGGCAGACGCUGGUUWUGACGUGUGGUUGGGCAACAGCAGAGGAAAUACCUGGUCCAGGAGAAAUUUGUACUAUUCACCAGACUCAGUUGAAUUCUGGGCUUUCAGUUUUGAUGAAAUGGCUAAAUAUGACCUUCCAGCCACAAUUGACUUCAUUGUAAAGAAAACUGGGCAGGAGAAGAUACACUAUGUUGGUCAUUCUCAGGGCACCACCAUUGGUUUUAUUGCCUUUUCUACCAAUCCCACACUGGCUAGAAGAAUCAAAACCUUUUAUGCAUUAGCUCCAGUUGCCACUGUGAAGUAUGCAACAAGCCUUUUAACAAAACUUUCACUUAUUCCAUCACCCCUCUUCAAGAUCAUAUUUGGUAACAGAAUAUUCCUCCCACACAACUUCUUUUAUGGAUUUCUUGGUACUGAAGUGUGUUCCCGAGAGCUAAUGGAUCUCCUUUGUAGYAAUGCAUUGUUUAUCAUGUGUGGAUUUGACAGUAAGAACUUGAACACGAGUCGCUUUGAUGUCUAUCUAGCACAUAAUCCAGCAGGAACUUCUGUUCAAGAUGUCCUCCACUGGGCCCAGGCUGCUAGGUCUGGAAAAUUUCAAGCUUUUGACUGGGGAAGCCCAUUUCAGAACAUGAGACACUAUAAUCAGCGCACACCUCCCUACUACAAUGUGACAGCCAUGAGUGUGCCGAUUGCAGUGUGGAAUGGUGGCAAUGACAUUUUGGCUGACCCCCACGACGUCAACAUUUUGCUUCCCAAACUCUCCAAUCUCAUUUACCACAAGGAGAUUCUUCCUUACAACCACUUGGACUUUAUCUGGGCAAUUAACGCUCCACAAGAGGUUUAUAAUGAAAUGSUUUCUAUGAUGUCAGAAGAUAAAGAAUAG